ACGCUAAGCGACUCUAGAGGAAUAGGAAGGGUAUUUUCUUUUCUUUCCAAGAGAGGGCAGCUAAGAAGGGAUCAAAGAGGAAUUAUGUGAAGGAGGCAACCCGAGUUCUUUCAUAAGGGAGUAGGAAAGGGAAGGAGUGAAGAAAGGGACGAGACAUCGGUACAGUGAGAACAAAGUUAAGGAUAAGUUUUAAGGACUCAUUUGGUUGCCAUGGAUCCAACGUGCUCCUCUGAGAGCAUUUAUAACCUCAUACCCAGGGACUUCAAGGAGCCUCCCCAACCUCCCAGGUACUCAUCAGUUUUUAAGACAUCUGUGAAAGAUGACAUGCAAAAAGUUAAAGCUGCAAUGAAAACUAUGGGACCAGCAAAACUUGAAGUACCUUCUCCAAAGGAUUUUCUAAAGAAACAUUCAAAGGAAAAGACCCUACCACCUGAAAAAAAGUUUGAUCGGAAUGAGCCCAAAAAGCCUCCUGUGCCACUGAGGACUGAUCAUCCAAUCAUGGGAAUACAGAGUGAAAAAAAUUUUAUAAAUACAAAUGCGGCUGAUGUCAUUAUGGGAGUGGCUAAAAGGCCUAAACCAAUUUAUGUUGACAAGAGAACUGGAGACAAGCAUGAUCUUGAAUCUUCAGGACUUGUUCCAAAGUACAUCAAUAAAAAGGAUUAUGGUGUCACACCUGAAUAUAUUUGCAAGCGAAAUGAAGAAGUAAAGAAAGCCCAGGAGGAGUAUGAUAAUUAUAUCCAGGAAAACCUUAAGAAAGCGUCUAUGAAGAGGCUCUCCGAUGAAGAAAGGGAGGCGGUUCUGCAGGGGCUGAAGAGGAACUGGGAAGACGUGCAUAAAGAGUUCCAGUCGCUUUCUGUAUUCAUAGAUUCCAUUCCAAAGAAGAUUCGCAAGCAGAAGCUGGAAGAAGAAAUGAAGCAACUGGAACAUGACAUUGGUGUCAUUGAAAAGCACAAAAUUAUUUAUAUUGCCAAUAAGUAAUAGUGGAUUGUUAAAGGAUAGCAAUUUUAAGAUAGAAAACAUAUGACAAACAUAAACAUGAACCUACAAGUUUUUCAAAGAGGAAAAUAUUAUGACGAGAAUAAAAGUAGCCGUAUAGUAUUCCAGAUGCUUAAUUAGGCACAGUUUAUUCUUUAAAUGUGAAUUAUUUACUUAUUCAAGGGAAAAUUUUGUUUUUACCUGUGCCAGGUUUCUAUGAAAACCAGUUAAGGUUUGAUGUUCAAGGUUUCAGUUCCAUAGGGUAAUUCAUCAUUAUUAUGUACUUGUUUCACAUAAACAUUCAUUUCUGGGCCCUGAAAAAUAAAGUCAGCACUCAAGAACUUCUAAAACUUCCUACUGUAUGACACAAGGCACAUGGUAUUCAAAGCUGUUAUGUAUUUUGAGUUGGAAAUAGUGGCGUAUGCUUUCUUACCACUCUGAAAUGUUUUCUGUAUUUUGAUUCAGAGCUCCCCAGGUUUAACAGCCUGCGGAUAUCAUCAGUAUCCAUAUUACUGUAUCUGCUGAAGGGCUUAUAUUCUGAUUGAGUCAAAUUAAGAUAACAUAAAAUGAAGAAGAUAGCUUAUAAAGUACAGCAUAGAGAAUGAUUAAAUAAAGAGAACAGUCUUCAUCCUGAUCUACCAAUUUUUAAAACUUUGCUACUCUGCAUGUUUUAUUUUUCAAGAUUCACUAUACAUAUUUUGUUAAAAUGGAAUGUUAGGAUUUUUUGGUCCUUUCUAUUUAUCUAUUCUAUAAAUUCUAAAGUGUCUAUUUGUAAGAUUACUUCAUUUAUUAAGCAAUACUUUUAUAUAAGUAGAGCUAUCUUCAACUCAGAAUAAGAAACAAAAGUCCAUAAGUAUCUGAGAAGGAAUAGAUUCUUCUAUGAAAUUUUGACUUAGAGAAUACAGGAAAUAUACAUGAAACUACAUAAUAUCAGAGCAAUAACAAUUUCUCCUGCUCACUCUUAAUUUUGAUACUAUCAAUGACACAAAAUCAGAUGAUCCUUUUCUAGCAUUUGUUUUUAAACACAGAAGUGGGAAGCAUUGCAGAAAAGUUUACUUUAGUGUCUUAAAGAAAAUGCUUAUAUACAGAUAGUUUUGAAAACUCACAUUAGACUUUUUUCAUAUCUCUUUAUGAGUAUCAUUUCUUUAAUCCUAUACUCCCUUAGGGAAGAUAUAAAAUAAUAGAUAGUACAUGAGAAUGGCUGGUUGCUAAUUAGGGUAGGCUGAAAGCUGUAACAGUAAACCCCAAAAUAUGCUUAUUCAAACCCAACAGAAACCCGUGUCCCGCUCACGUAACAGUGCCGGGCUGUGAACAGAUCCAGGACAGCCCUUUACACAGGGACCCAGACACAGGGAGGGUGGGCUCCAUUCCCUGCAGAGCUGGAGGUGCUGGGGGCAGGCCAGGCCUGAAAUUGGUACACAUCAUUCCCACUUGCAUUCUCUAGGCAAGCAAAAUCAGUCUACCUCCAAAUCUAGUUUCUUGACACCAUAAAGAUAAAUGGAUCAUUUUUACAGCAACAUCCAGUGUGAAUGAUGGUGGUGGGUGUUAUCUGUCAUCUGUUCGACGUAGUCACUCAGGGACCCAGUCACUUUUAUGAAGUAGCUCUGCCAGUACAGCUUGCCUUCUCCACUGUGUGUUACUAUUUUAUGAGAUGACUUCUAUGCCCACUCAUUUUUAAAUAAUUCAAAAUCAAUAGCUAUGCAAAAAUAUUCUGAUCAUUUCACACGGUUGGUGGGUUUUGGGGUCAUGAAAUGGGAAUUGCUUUAAAUGUUCAAGUGAUAACUUUGAGGUUUUAAUAGAUGGUUUUUCUCUUAUUUCUGUAAAUAUCUAUUAAAGAAUCCAGACUUUUCUCCAUGUCA